UCAUUUAUACAACACGAAUACAAAUCCACAGACGAUAGAUAUUGCCGAUCGAGCGAAAUAAUAGUUUUUUAAAUAAAUAAAUAGCGAACAAAAUGAAUUUUCAAAACGCUUGUGUGUUGGGACGCAAAAGUGCCAGCCUUAAUCUAAAGAAUGUCUCCAGAACAGUUCAAUGCCGCUCCAUGUCAGCAGCGGUGGCAGCCACUGCACCCAAACAACGGAACAAUGCCCAAAAUAUUGUGCUGGUCGAUGGUGUGCGUACACCUUUCCUCACAUCAGGCUCCACCUACUCCAAGCUGAUGCCCCACGAAUUGGCUAGGCACGCUUUGCUAUCUCUGCUGCAAAAAAACAAACUGGAUAAGGAGCUGAUCGACUAUAUCGUAUAUGGCAGUGUUAUCCAAGAAGUUAAGACCUCCAACAUUGCACGCGAAGCGGCGCUGGCUGCAGGAUUCAGCGACAAGACACCUGCACAUACCGUCACAAUGGCUUGCAUCAGUUCAAAUGCGGCAAUUACCACAGGAAUGGGUCUAAUUGCUACCAAUACCUAUGAUAUUAUUGUUGCUGGUGGAGUUGAGUUUAUGUCCGAUGUACCUAUUCGUCACUCACGCAAGAUGCGAGCCUUGAUGUUGAAGGCAAACAAGGCUAAAACUUUGGGCCAACGCCUCUCCCUUUUGUCCACAUUUAGGCCAGGUUUUCUGGCUCCCGAACUGCCAGCAGUGGCUGAAUUCUCAUCGGGAGAAACAAUGGGACAUUCAGCGGAUAGGCUGGCCUCUGCAUUUAAUGUAUCCCGCGAGGAGCAGGAUUCGUAUGCUUUAAGGUCGCACACAUUGGCAAAGGAGGCCCAGGAGAAAGGAUACUUCACGGAUUUGGUGCCAUUCAAAGUACAAGGUGUGGAUCAGGUUGUGGACAAGGAUAACGGUAUUCGCGUCUCGACCCCUGAGAGUUUGGCCAAACUACGGCCUGCCUUUGUAAAGCCCUAUGGAACAAUUACUGCCGCUAAUGCUUCAUUUUUGACUGAUGGCGCUUCGGCUUGUGUGAUCAUGACCGAAGAGAAAGCCAAACAGUUGGGCCUGAAGCCCAAGGCCUAUUUGCGUGACUUCCUUUAUGUGUCGCAGGACCCAGUCGAUCAACUGCUGCUCGGCCCUGCAUACGGAAUUCCCAAGCUACUGUCGAAAGCUGGUCUCAAGCUGAAUGACAUUGAUUCGUGGGAAAUCCAUGAGGCCUUCGCAGGACAAAUUGUGGCCAACUUGAAGGCCCUUGAUUCCGAUUGGUUCUGCAAAACUUAUCUUGGUUUGAGCGAAAAGGUCGGCACACCUGAUCUCUCCAAGUGGAACAAUUGGGGUGGAUCUUUGUCAAUUGGUCAUCCCUUCGCAGCCACUGGAGUUCGUCUCUGCAUGCACACAGCCAACCGGCUGGUUCGUGAAGAUGGCAAGCUGGGAGUUGUGGCAGCAUGUGCUGCCGGUGGUCAAGGAGUAGCUAUGCUUAUUGAACGUUACCCGGGUGCCACAGCCGACUGAAAUUAAUAGAAGAAUGUGUGUGUGCAGUGCAACUGCGACUUUGUUUAGCCUUUAUACGCCCUUAAACAUAUAAAUAAAAAUAUAUUUUUGAAUUUAACGUA